CUGCUGCUGCUGCUCAGCUCUAGUGUUGAUACCUCUGAUCUCUGAUAUUCGUCUGGUGGAUUAUUUAGCUUUUUGUUGUAUCGAGUUUGUACACGCGAUACAUGUGCACAUGAUUUUAACUACAACAUUUGUUUUUCACGCAACACUCUUAGAGAACGCAAUUUUUUUUAGUACUUGCGAUGAAAAAAACGAACAUCCAUAUUCCUGUCAUAUUUUCAUAAUUAAAAAAUGAAAUGUAGUUCCAGGAUGAAAAAGAAUGUUUAUUUAUCAAGUUUUAUAUCUUCAUCUAUAUAAAAUUUAUAUUUUAAAUUCUCUGGUCGCACAACUUUGUGGUUUCAUUGUAGGUUAGGAAAUAAACUCAAAAAUAGUUUAUUCUAGUUUCUUUUGCAUAAAGUUUCGUUUUCAAUUGAUAUCAGGAUUAAAACGCUUACAAGUAGUGAGAGAAAUAUUUCUUGAAAUUAGAUUUUAUGUGCUCGUUUCAUUAUUUAAUCUGUAAAACCAUAACCUUUAUUAAGAACAUCCUCUGCUAUGUCAUAGUGUCAUCACGAGCCUCUCUUGAGUUGACCCUACUAUAUAGUUGCACAUGAAAUAGCUCCUGCCCCUGAAUCACGGUACAUCAUGAUCGUAAACCACUCGUAAACACGUAGUGUUUGGUACAGUACGUAAACCUGUUCUUCAAGUCGUAACGAGAUUUGUGUCUACUCAUACAAUAAGAUAUUCGAAUAAAGAUGGACGAAGAAAUACCGGGGAAGCGACCAAAAGUGGAGAGCUUUUUAGAUCGAAUAACAGCGAAACGAUUUGAAGUAGCUGAUUCGAUAGAAAAUUUUCCAUUCAAUAAAAAAAGAGUUAAAAUGUUGACGGAUAUGAAACUCGUACCGGAAGAUUGCAAAGGAAUAUUGUACUGGAUGUUUCGCGAUGGGAGAGUGCAAGAUAACUGGGCAUUUCUGUUUGCACAAAAAAUGGCUCUGAAGAAUCGUGUACCGCUCCACGUUUGUUACUGCAUAUUACCCACGUUCCUCGAAGCGACGAUUCGCCAUUACAAUUUUCUCGUCAAAUCACUGCGAGAAGUUGCACAAGAGUGCAACGAUUUGAAUAUUAAUUUUCACCUCUUGCACGGUGAGCCGCACAAUGUGGUUUUCGAGCUGAGUAAAAAACUUGAAAUUGGCUUACUGGUCGCGGAUUUCUUUCCUCUGAGAUUGCCGUGUUCUUGGCUGGAACGAUUGCAGGAUAAGCUGAACGAGACUAUUCCCAUUUGUCAGGUCGAUGCCCACAACAUUGUUCCCUGUUGGAUCGCCUCAGACAAAUUGGAAUAUGGUGCACGUACGGUACGACCAAAAAUAAAUAAAAAGCUGGGACUUUAUUUGAGUGAAUUUCCUCCAUUGAUAAAGCAUCCCUACGAGUGCAAGGACAAAUUUCCUCCAAUUGAUUGGUCAAAAGCGAUAAGAGAAGUGAAGAUCGAUAUGAGCGAAAAAGAAGUCAGUUGGGCUGUGCCCGGUUAUAAAGGAGGGAUAGAAGAGCUCGAAAGCUUCUUAAAUAAGAGACUAAAGUUUUAUCACUCAAAGCGAAACGAUCCUCUGGGCGAAGCACUCAGCAAUUUAUCACCUUGGUUUCACUUUGGUAUGAUUGCACCGCAGCGAGCGAUUCUUCAAGCUAUCGAAUACAAAGAUAAGCACAAGGAAGCUGUCGCUGUUUUCAUGGAAGAGGCCAUUAUAAGGCGAGAACUCUCCGAUAAUUUCUGCUAUUACAACGAAAAGUACGAUUCCAUUGACGGAGCUUACAAUUGGGCGAUUGAAACGCUAAAUAAACACCGAUCAGACAAACGUGAAAACAUUUACAAUAGAGAUGAGUUGGAAAAAUCAUUGACCCACGAUGAUCUGUGGAAUGCGGCACAGAAACAAUUAGUCGUUGAAGGGAAAAUGCAUGGUUUCUUACGUAUGUAUUGGGCUAAAAAGAUAUUGGAAUGGACAAAAAGUCCUGAGGAGGCGCUCGAAUAUUCAAUUUACUUGAACGACAGAUACAGCAUGGACGGACGUGAUCCCAACGGCUAUGUCGGCUGCAUGUGGUCGAUCUGUGGCAUUCACGAUCAAGGCUGGAGGGAACGUGAAAUUUUCGGCAAAAUUCGCUACAUGAAUUACAAAGGUUGUGAAAGAAAGUUUAAUGUAAAAGAAUUUGUGGCUAAAUGGGGCACCAAAGCUGUUAUCAAGAAAAAGGCAAAGUAGUCCAACUUGUUUAUGGGGCCGCUUCGUUUUUCUGAAUCACGCAACGCCAGACUACACUUGUACCUGAAUCGAUCAAAAAUAAUCUUUAAUCGAGCUCACCAUUAUUAAUGACUGCUCGGAUUGUUUUUAAAGCACGCUUUUUUUACCUCUCAACACCAAUAUCAAGUUGUUUUUUGUGGAUUAUAGUAAGAGUAUUAAAAAUGAUAUAUUUGAUAAAA